CAUUCCACCCACGCCCGCCCACUUUUGACUCCUGAGGCUUUAUUGCCUACACUCUCUCCCUGGAACCCCUUUUCCUUUUGUGGACUGGAUAGUUUAUUCCUUAUCUUUUAACCCUCCCUUUCCUCGAUCCCCUGAAACCGCCACUCGUUCCUCUCUCAUCCUCCGUCCCUCUCCGCCCUUUCGGUGUCGCCCCCCCUCCUCCUCCCCCCGCCUCCCGCACCAUGGAUGGAAUCAAGAACGCGUUUGCUCGCGCCAAGCAGGAAAAGCGUGCUGCUUUGGUAGCCUACUUUACCGCCGGUUACCCUACCAUCGAAGAGACUGUUGAUAUUCUGUUGGGCUUGGAAAAUGGAGGCGCCGACAUCAUUGAGAUGGGUGUCCCUUUCACCGACCCGAUCGCCGAUGGACCGACCAUCCAGAAGGCCAACACUAAGGCAUUGGCCAAUGGCGUCACGAUCCCCUGGGUGUUGGACACAGUUCGCUCCGCCAGAAGCAAAGGUCUUCGCGCCCCCGUACUGCUGAUGGGCUACUACAACCCCCUCAUGCAAUACGGUGAGGAGCGCAUGCUCCAGGACUGCAAGGCCGCUGGUGUCAAUGGCUUCAUCAUGGUCGAUCUUCCCCCAGAGGAGGCCGUCCGCUUCCGUGACUUCUGUACCAGCUAUGGCUUGUCUUACGUCCCCCUCAUCGCUCCCGCCACCUCCGAGUCUCGCAUGAAGCUCCUCUGCAAGAUCGCCGAUUCCUUCAUCUACGUCGUUUCCCGUAUGGGUGUCACUGGUGCCACCGGAUCUCUCAGCACGAACUUGCCCGAGCUCCUGUCUCGCGUUCACACUUGGUCGGGCAACGUGCCCACCGCGCUCGGAUUCGGAGUCAGCACUCGGGAGCACUUCCUUUCCGUCCAGAACAUCUCCGAGGGUGUAGUUAUUGGAAGCCAGAUCAUCACCGUCUUGGGUGACGCCCCUGCCGGCCAGGCGGCUCAGAAGGCUCAAGAGUACCUGACCAGCGUUACUGGCCGCAGACUCGAGAGAGACGCCCAGGGUCAGGUUUCCGGCUCGGUCCAUGUCCUCGAGCCCGUGCUGAAGGAGGCUCCUCCGGCGCUUUCUCAACCCACCGACGUCAUCACCAACGAUGACACUCCCGCUGGCCCCGGCCUGGUCGACCAGAUUGACGCCCUCAACGGCAGCGGGGACCCGGCCGCCAUCCCCUCUCGUUUCGGAGAGUUCGGCGGUCAAUACGUCCCUGAGUCCCUCAUGGACUGCUUGGCCGAGUUGGAGCGCGGCUUCGAGACCGCCCGCAAUGACCCCAAGUUCUGGGAGGAGUUCCGCUCGUACUACCCUUACAUGGGCCGCCCCAGCAGCCUUCACCUGGCCCCCCGCCUCACCGAGAAAUGCGGUGGAGCCAACAUCUGGCUGAAGCGUGAGGAUCUCAACCACACCGGUAGCCACAAGAUCAACAACGCGCUAGGCCAGAUCCUUCUUGCCCGCCGCCUGGGCAAGACCAAGAUUAUCGCCGAGACGGGCGCCGGCCAGCACGGUGUCGCGACCGCGACGGUCUGCGCCAAGUUCGGCAUGCAGUGUGUGGUCUACAUGGGCGCCGAGGACGUGCGGCGGCAGGCGCUCAACGUCUUCCGUAUGCGCCUGCUGGGCGCCUCGGUCGUAGCCGUCGACGCCGGCAGCCGGACGCUGCGUGACGCAGUCAACGAGGCGCUGCGCGCGUGGGUGGUCGACCUGGACACGACGCACUACAUCAUCGGCUCAGCGAUCGGGCCGCACCCGUUCCCGACGAUCGUGCGCACCUUCCAGUCGGUGAUCGGCGACGAGACCAAGCAGCAGAUGAAGGAGCUGAUCGGCAAGCUGCCGGACGCGGUCGUCGCCUGCGUCGGCGGCGGCAGCAACGCCGUCGGCAUGUUCUACCCCUUCUCCAACGACCCCAGCGUCAAGUUGCUCGGCGUCGAAGCCGGCGGCGAUGGCGUUGACACCGACCGCCACUCCGCCACCCUCUCCGGCGGCAGCAAGGGCGUCUUCCACGGCGUCCGCACCUACGUCCUCCAGGACAAGCACGGCCAGAUCGCGGAGACCCACUCCAUCUCCGCCGGCCUCGAUUACCCAGGUGUCGGCCCCGAGCUCAGCAACUGGAAGGACAGCGACCGCGCCAAGUUCAUCGCCGCCACUGACGCCCAGGCCCUCUCCGGCUUCCGCGCUCUCGCCCAGCACGAGGGCAUUAUCCCCGCUCUCGAAUCCUCCCACGCCGUCUUCGGCGCCAUGGAACUCGCCAAGACCAUGAACAAGGGCGAGAACAUCGUUCUCAACCUCAGCGGUAGAGGCGACAAGGACGUCCAGAGCGUUGCUGAUGAGUUGCCUCGCUUGGGUCCUAAGAUCGGCUGGGACUUGAGAUUUUAGACCCUCCCCCCC